AUGUUUGUUGAAUCUAUGUCAACAGGCAAACCCAAAGUCAAACAAUCACAAUUUAGGAGAAUGAUAGAUUGUUCAACGUGUCCAAAGUUAUUACCAAAUAAGAUUUAUAUAAAAGACCAUGAAAGAGCUCAACCAAUUAAAAUUGCACAAUUACUUGGACAAUCUGAAAAUUUAAAAAGUCUUCAGAAGAAUAGUGUACACAAAAAAGUACAACCUGAAAGAUUAGGAACAUUUUCAAGUAUAAAAGGUAUAAAGAUAAAUGAGAAACAAAGUGAAAGAAGUACUUCUGGGCAGCAUACAUCUAAUAAUAAACGUGUACGUAGAAAUCUUAAUUUUAAUGAAAUUUCUAUUAGCACUAUAGAAGAUAAUAAAGAAAAUAAAAUUCAUUCAAAUAAGUCCAUACCUAAUAAGUCAUUUCAUGAAAAUAUUUCCAAACCAAUAAAAAAAAGAAGUUUACUACUACCACCAAAUACUAUAAAAGACAAAUAUUUACAGAAAUAUAAUAAGAAAGAAAGGAAGCAUUCAACAAUAUCUGAUGUAUUUGAAAAUGGUAGUAAUAUUAUUGAAUCUUUAAAUACUAAUAUUAAUCCUACAGUGUUGUCUGAUAAUAUAUUAAUAAACAGUGAACAAAAAAUUAAUCAAUCUCCUGAUUAUACAACAUUAAAAUUUAUUGAGCAUGGAGAUUUUAAACCAUUGAAUGUUACACCACAAUCUUUGAUUUCUUCGGAGGGUAAAUCUUCUCAACAAAUAAUCAUACAUAAUGAAGAUCAGAUAUUUACACAAAAUAAUGCAGUACAUGAGAGACUGAUUCCAAACAAGAAUUCUUUGAAAAGUGACGUAUCAGUAAUACUAGAAGAAGCAGAUGAUGUUCAAAAUUUAUGUAACGACUUUCAAGAUUCAAAGCUAGUAAUAUCUGAAAAUGAUAUGAAUAUAGAACAUAAAUCAUCUAAGAUGAUCUAUAUAAAUAAGGACAAUAUUAUUUGUUUGGAACGUAAUUUAAAAAAUUUAUUAAAAGAAAUAGAAAGAAAUAGAAUGAAAUUAAAAUCAACAUUAACACAUGUUACAAGAUUAUUAUCUAUAAACAGUGAGGAAAAUGCACUUUGUAAUAUUGAAUUAGAAAAAGAAAAUAUUAUGAUAGAUAAAGAAGUCCAGGUAGAAAUUUGUUGCAAGUCCACUCAGUACUCAGAAGAACAACUAAAAACACCUAUUAUAAUUGCAACACAAAACCCACAAAUUACAGAACAGAACGUGGAGAUUUUAAAUAAAAGUACGUUAAAUCAAGAUGAUGAAAAUAAGAAAAAUAAUAGAAAUGAGAAUACAACAAGAAUGUCUGAUGUUAUGACAGAUGGAAGUUUCCUAGAAUUAGAAAAUCAACUUAAUAUUAAUUAUGCAAGAGCUACUCAGAAAUAUUCAAUCCAACCAAAGAUUCCAAAAAUUACAAAAUAUAAACAGAAACAAUCAUUUAGAGAAUACAUGGCUUUAAAAUCAAAUAUAAGUUUCUUAGAAACUCCAGAUGGUAAAAAGUUUAGAUCCUUAUGUCAAAUAGAUAACACAGAUAAAUCUGUUCUCAAUAUAACAUAUAUAUCAAAUAAAUUGCUUACAGAUCUUGAUAAUUUGUACUCUGAAUCACCAGAGUCUUAA